CGUUGCACUUGCUUGCUCCCCCGCUCCGUUCCGUUCCCGCCUCCCGAGGGCGCGCUCCACCACCACCGCCCGCCGCCUCCUCCUCCUCCUCCGCCGUCCCCGGCCUCCCCACCUCUCUCGAGCCAAGAUAAGCCGGAUCGGAAUGCUGACGCGUGCGCCUCCCCCUUGUGUGUUUCCCAUCCAGCCGGCGCCCCGCCCCGUGAUGGUCGCCGCUGCGCCGCUCGCGCUCGCGCUCCCGCUCCCGACCUCGCCGGCGCUCCCGCUCCGCGGCGUCCCGCCCGUGGCCGCGCGCCCCAUCUCCCACCGCCCCGCGCUCGCGCCGGUGCCCUCCGUCCUCCUCUCGCCCCCGCGGACCGCAGCCUCCUCGCGCCCCCCGGCGGACGACGUCCCCGACGGCGAGUCCUCGCACCUCCUCGCCGUCCCAGUCCCCGCCCCCAUGGACCCCGCCAUCGCCGAAGAUGCAGCCGUCGCCAAGCAGGUGCCCGAAGUGGCGCCGCGCCCGCCGGAGCGGGAUUUCGCCGGCACGCCCUACGUCCCCGUAUACGUCAUGCUCCCUCUUGGGGUGGUGAAUGUCAGCGGCGAGGUGAUGGACGCGGACGAGCUGGUGGGCCAGCUGCGGGUGCUCAAGGCAGCUGGGGUGGACGGGGUCAUGGUCGACUGCUGGUGGGGGAACGUCGAGGCGCACAGGCCGCAGGAGUACAACUGGACUGGCUACAAGCGCCUCUUCCAGAUGAUCAGGGAGCUCAAGCUCAAGUUGCAGGUUGUCAUGUCAUUCCAUGAAUGUGGUGGCAAUGUUGGAGAUGAUGUGUCCAUUCCUCUCCCACAUUGGGUAACAGAGAUUGGAAGGAGCAACCCGGAUAUCUACUUUACUGACAGGGCAGGAAGGCGUAAUACCGAGUGCUUAUCAUGGGGAAUUGAUAAGGAAAGGGUUCUACAAGGCCGAACAGCUGUGGAGGUAUAUUUUGACUUCAUGCGAAGCUUCCGAGUGGAGUUUGAUGAGUAUUUUGAGGAUGGGAUCAUCUCAGAAAUUGAGAUUGGACUAGGGGCUUGUGGAGAGCUGCGGUAUCCAUCUUAUCCAGCAAAACAUGGCUGGAAAUACCCUGGCAUUGGAGAAUUUCAGUGCUACGACAGGUACUUACAGAAAAAUUUGAGAAGAGCGGCAGAAGCACGAGGACAUACUAUAUGGGCAAGAGGGCCAGACAAUGCUGGGCACUAUAAUUCUGAACCAAAUCUCACUGGGUUUUUUUGUGAUGGAGGAGAUUAUGAUAGUUAUUAUGGCCGUUUUUUCCUCAACUGGUACUCUCAGAUGUUGGUGGAUCAUGCAGACCGUGUCCUGAUGUUAGCAAGGUUGGCUUUUGAGGGUUCAAGCAUAGCUGUUAAGGUUUCUGGAGUGCACUGGUGGUACAAAACUGCCAGUCAUGCUGCUGAAUUAACCGCUGGUUUUUACAACCCAUGCAACCGUGAUGGCUAUGCUCCAAUUGCUGCAGUAUUGAAGAAAUAUGAUGCUGCUUUGAACUUUACAUGUGUUGAAUUGCGCACUAUGGAUCAGCAUGAGGUAUACCCUGAGGCAUUUGCAGAUCCAGAGGGCCUGGUAUGGCAGGUGCUAAAUGCUGCGUGGGAUGCUGGGAUACAAGUGGCCAGUGAGAACGCUCUACCUUGCUAUGAUAGAGAUGGAUUCAACAAGAUUUUGGAGAAUGCCAAACCACUGAAUGACCCAGAUGGACGGCAUUUGUUUGGAUUCACCUACCUGAGGCUUAGCAAAGUUCUGUUUGAGAGGCGCAACUUUUUCGAAUUCGAGCGCUUUGUCAAGAGAAUGCACGGUGAGGCGGUUCUUGAUCUGCAAGUAUAGAUUGCUAGCGUAUUACAUACACAUAUACAAGUGAUUCUGAUUGGCUUAGGCCUUAAGGCUUACAUUUUUGCUCUUUCCUUUUUGUUUCGUAGGUAGUAGUAUCAGCUGAUUUUGACCUGUUACAUAGAACUCGCUGCUCUAUUUGUAAAGGCUAUUUCUAUAUACAUAUAUACCCAAGUUUUGAAGAAGGAAGACAGGUGGGUUUACUUGAA